UAUCAUCUAAGAAAAAGUGAGGGUGUUCUUAAAUACUCUUAAAAAAAACAGUUUGCAUGUCAAGUAAAGGAGAAAUAUUUUCUUGCGGCUUUAGUAUGGGUCAUUUAAUCUGUUUGCUUAAGACCUGUCCUCCCACGGAUUCACCUUCAACACUAUUCUAAUGACAUUCACUCUUAAAAAGUAUUGUCAACCCCUGACCAUUCGAGGGGCAGCGUCGUAGAGAAUUAGAGCUUCUUGUUUGGGAAGCACACCGGAAGGAGGAACACGUCUCAGAAGGAUCGUAUUCCUGGGAUAACAUAUCCCAAGAUUUGGGAAUCUAAGAGGUUCACCAUGAGUCUGAAGGAAGAUGAUGUGGAGAAGUUUCUCGAUGAUAACCCUACUUUUGCCAAGCAAUACUUCGAUAACAAACUGAGACCAGAGCCACUGAGUAGCAUUCAGACAUCAGAGGAGAGCGAGAUACUUUUUGAGUUGAUCCAAGACAUGCAGGAAAGCAUUAACAUGGAGAAGGUUGUUUUCAAGACUCUAAGAAGAAUCAGCUCUCUCAUCCACGCAGACCGCUGUAGCCUUUUUAUGUUCAGGCAAAGGAACGGCACACCAGAGCUGGCUACCAGGCUUUUCAAUAUUGAGAAAGACAGCAUGCUGGAGGAAUGCUUGGUGUCUCCAGAUUGUGAAAUUGUCUAUCCUUUGGACAUGGGCAUCGUGGGGCAUGUGGCUCAAACGAAGAGAACUAUAAACAUAAAGGAUGUCAAUGAGUGCACUCAGUUCAGCAGAUUUGUUGAUGAACUCACCGAAUACACUACAAGGAACAUACUUGCAACUCCCAUUAUGAAUGGCAAAGAUCUCGUUGCUGUGAUCAUGGCCAUUAAUAAGAUGCAUGGCACGUUCUUCACCAGCUCUGAUGAAAUUCUUUUCCUGAAGUAUCUGAAUUUUGCCUCCUUAAACCUGAAAAUUUAUCAUUUGAGUUAUCUUCACAAUUGUGAGACUCGACGAGGCCAGGUGCUGUUGUGGUCAGCGAAUAAGGUAUUUGAGGAGCUGACGGAUAUCGAGAGGCAAUUCCACAAAGCUUUUUAUACAGUGAGAGCAUAUUUGAACUGUGAUAGAUAUUCAGUGGGCCUUCUGGAUAGGACCAAACAGAAGGAUUUUUUUGACUUAUGGCCAGUUCUAAUGGGUGAAGUUCCACCUUAUUCCGGACCUCGGACUCCAGAUGGCAGAGAAAUAGUCUUUUACAAAGUCGUUGAUUAUAUCCUACAUGGAAAAGAAGAUAUUAAAGUUAUCCCAAACCCCACAGCAGAUCACUGGGCACUUGCUACUGGACUCCCAACGUAUGUCGCUGAAAGUGGCUUUAUCUGCAACAUUAUGAAUGCCGCUGCAGAUGAGAUGUUUAAAUUUCAGGAAGGUCCUGUAGAUGACUCAGGAUGGGUCAUCAAAAAUGUACUAUCUAUGCCAAUUGUAAACAAAAAAGAAGAAAUUGUUGGUGUUGCCACAUUUUACAACAGAAAAGACGGGAAGCCAUUUGAUGAACAGGAUGAGACUCUCAUGGAGUCUUUGACCCAGUUCUUGGGCUGGUCUGUCCUCAACACGGAUACUUACGAUAAGAUGAACAAGCUGGACAAUCGCAAGGACAUUGCUCAGGACAUGGUGUUGUAUCACGUGAAGUGUGAUAAGGAUGAAAUUCAGGAAAUUUUGCCAACAAGAGAGAGGCUGGGGAAAGAACCAAUGGAAUGUGAAGAAGAUGAAUUAACAGUAUUACUGAAAGAAGAACUGCCAGACCCCAUUCAGUCUGAGAUCUAUGAGUUCCACUUCUCCGAUUUCAAGUGUACCGAACUAGAGCUUGUGAAGUGUGGAAUUCAGAUGUACUACGAGCUUGGGGUGGUGAAAAAGUUCCAGAUUCCACAAGAGGUGCUUGUAAGAUUCAUGUAUUCUGUCAGCAAGGGUUACAGAAAGAUUACGUACCACAACUGGCGGCAUGGCUUCAAUGUGGCACAGACUAUGUUCACGCUUUUAAUGACUGGCAAACUGAAGCGUUACUACACAGACCUUGAAGCCCUUGCUAUGGUAACUGCAGCUUUGUGUCAUGAUAUUGAUCACAGGGGCACCAACAACCUUUAUCAGAUGAAAUCUCAACAUCCUUUAGCAAAACUUCAUGGUUCAUCAAUUUUAGAGAGACAUCACUUGGAAUUUGGAAAGUUCUUGCUUUCAGAAGAGUCUCUGAAUAUCUACCAGAAUCUCAACAGGAGACAGUUUGAGCACGUGAAUCAUUUGAUGGAAAUUGCGAUCAUAGCUACGGAUUUAGCACUUUACUUCAAAAAGAGAACUAUGUUUCAGAAGAUUGUUGAUGAGUUCAAGACGUAUGACAAUGACAAUGCCUGGACUGAAUAUUUGUCUCUGGAAACAACACGAAAAGAGAUUGUCAUGGCCAUGAUGAUGACUGCCUGUGACUUAUCUGCGAUCGCUAAACCCUGGGAAGUGCAGAGUAAGGUAGCGCUCCUAGUAGCUGCUGAAUUCUGGGAACAGGGAGACUUGGAAAUAAGCGUACUUCAGCAGCAGCCAAUCCCUAUGAUGGACAGGAGAAAAGCUGCUGAGCUUCCAAAGCUUCAAGUCGGUUUCAUUGACUUUGUGUGCACGUUUGUCUAUAAGGAAUUUUCACGUUUCCACGAGGAAAUUCAGCCGAUGUAUGAGAGAUUGCUGAACAACAGAAAGGAAUGGAAGGCUCUUGGUGAUGAGUAUGAUGCAAAAAUGAAAGUGCUGGAAGAAGAGAAGAAAAAAGAGGAGGAAAAAAUGGCUGCAAAGCGAGGUCAGAAAUACUUAAAAUUUUAAUACUUCAGAAUCUACUCCUAUGGCUAACUCCCCUACCCCACCAGUCCCUUGUGUAAAUUAAUGUCUCCAAACUCCCAGCUUUUCCCACACUUGUGCAUUUCAUCCAAUAGUUAAAGCAAAGGGUUGGAUACAGGGGAAAUUCCGAAUCUGAACUGGGCCCAUGACUCACUCUGUCAAGGGCCAAGGUCAUAAUAGAGAAUGGCUUCAAAACAUACAAUUGACAUCUCAGAUGGUUACACGACUCCAGAAAGGCCAUCUGCAUAAACUCCUCUGUGGAGGAGAUCUCAUGUUGUAAUUGGCUAGUUAACACCUGUAAGUGUGGCAAAUAGUGCUGAACACUGCUGAUCCUUGCCUGCACUUGCAGCUCAGCUAUGUUCAGCUACAACUGUUGGCCGCACUGAGUCAGCUUUGUAGUGUAGUCUACGGGGGAGAAAGGACACAUGCUUGAGACUACAGAGGCUGUGGCUACCAUGCUGCGUAACAG